AUGCACAGGCUUGCGAGAAAGUGGCUCGAGUCCUCGCCAGAACUCCCGCAGCAACUUUUAAGGUUCUCCCGCAGUCGGCGGGAAAGGUCCAAUUGGCACGAAAACAGGUUUCGUCGGGAAAUGCGAAAGCCCCUGCCCGUCAGUCGAAUCAACCUUAUCGCCGAGCAGGAGCUUACCAAUCGAAAAAUCGAUCUCGCAGAUCACUCUCCCGCUCCCGCGCUCACCGCCGUUAAACACGCUUUCCAAACCAGAGGCGUCCCUCAGCCCGCCAUCGACAUCAUCAUAGCAUCUCUUGCACCAUCUACUAUCAGUCAAUACUCAAGUCCUCUGCGUUUCUGGUGGAAUUACGUUCAUCUUCAUCACUGCUCACUGUUUGCACCGAAAACUGAAGACGUCCUUUAUUUUCUGUCAGACCUAUUGCAAACAGUAGGUUCUUAUUCUGCGCUUAACGUCGCCAGGUCGGCGAUCUUGCUUAUUUCAACCAACGCGAUCGGCGUUGUUGUGAACCUCUCGUUAGACGUUUGUAAAGGCGUAAGCGUAUUGAAGCCAUCUCGGUCGCGCUACGAUUACAUCUGGGACCCCUCUCCAAUAGUGGCGAAACUAGCCGCUCUCUUUCCUCACGAAUCUUUGUCUUUAGAAACUCUCACAAAAAAGUUAGUCUUGUUACUGGCGCUGGCAUCGGGCCAACGUUGCCAUACCCUAGCGGCGAUUUGUGUCUCGCAGGUUUUGAUCUCCGCGGAGAGGGCUUUCAUCUGUAUCCCAGAUCAUCUAAAAACCUCAGCUUCAGGUCGAUCUCAGCCACUGUUAUCUUUUCCCUGCUUGGAGGGGCACAGAAAUCUAUGCAUCGUCACAUUGCUAUCUGAUUAUAUUUCGCGGACUCGAGAUAUUCGCCCUUCAGCCUGUGAUUCUGUUUAUCGCACUCAAACGUCCACACACAGCAGUGGGAUCCCAGACGAUCAGUCGCUGGAUUAGAUCUACCUUAUCGGAUUGCGGAGUUAGUGAUGCUUUUUCCACACACAGUACGUGGCACGCCUCAACAUCUCUCGCGGCGCGAAAAGGUGUUCCUGUAGAUCUUAUUAAGCGUGCGGCGGGAUGGUCCGGCGAAUCUCGUGUUUUCGCAAACUUUUAUAAUAGACAGAUUAUAGAUAUAGAUGCGUUCGCUAAGGCGGUGUUACACGUAGACCAAGAAAAAGCCUAAUUUGAUACGCCACGCCAUUCCGGCGGUUUUCCAGAUUGGUUAGUGUUAAGUUCAUUAGUUAUUGUCGCAAGCAUGAAUAUAGAUACAUAACAUUUUUAGAGAAAAACAUUGUUAUAGUCAUAAAUAGUUAUAGUUUCAUAUUGUUCGCGUAUUUUAUUUAAUAAAAAGCCAUGUCUUCUUCUAACAGGCAGCGCUGUAGUUAUACCCGGACUUCCUGUCAAAUAACUUUCCCGUUAUCUGUCCCACGGUGACAGGAACGAGUCACGUUUCAAACAUCUACAAUUAUUUAUCCAUCCGGACGAGACCUGGAGGCAUAAUUUAUAAAUCAAACGAACUUACCAAGUGAAGUUCGAUCAUAAUUAUGCCGAGGGGUCUCGUCCGGAUGGAAUCCCUCCCUUGACCUCCCCGAAGCGGAUGUUAUUAUACUAAGAGACUCGUCCGGGCCUUCCCUGUUUUAAACUAUGAAGAUGGCCGAGCACGCGCGGCGAGGGAAACGCCGCGGUACGGGAAAGGGAAAAAUAUUUUUUUCUUUUCCCCUAGACUUUGAAUUCUGUUGGCAGGACGUGCGCAGGCGCACUACUACAAUUAUUUACCUGGACGAGACCCCUCGGCAUAAUUAAAAAUGUCUUUGUUUGAUCUAUAGGUUAAGCAAGGAUGUUCAUCGUAUAGAUCGCAGUCUAAGCGCACGCUGUAAUCGUAGUCAUUAUUUUUAUAGAUUUCUGUUUUCACUUGCAGGCUUUAAAAGCUAUGUGCAGAUAACA